GUAUACGGCAAUGCUGUAUUGUAACCCACCUGUGUCAAUGUCAGUUUCUCCUGCCGGCGAUUUAAUUGAUGAGGGCCUUCUCUCAAACUGUCAAGAUGGCCAGUGGGGUGGCCAUCCCAUAGCGCUGCCACUGCAUGUUCACGCAGCAGAACGUUUCAGUCAGCUUGUGAGGAUUCCGCUGUGGGAACAAGUCGGUGGGAGCCAUUCAGGAUGAUCGUGGCUUUUCUUGUCUUGUGUGUACUGCACGGUGCAGCCAAGUGCUCAGCUCAUAAAGGUGCGCGUGCAGCCACGGGGUCUCAGUCAGUGACGCUGCAGCCUUGGUUGACGGGCCUGACAGCCGUGGUGGUCUUCCUCUUCAUUGUCUUCAUCCUUCUCAUCAUUAAACGACUGCUCAAGAAGAACAGGCCAGAGGAAAAUGAGCAGGAGGACAUGUUUGGAUAUGAGAACAAGGUUGUGGAGAUGGACGACGAUGAUAUGAAAGAAACCCACUUUUAGGACCUGUUGUUGUGACCUGACUGAUAUUACAUCUCAUCAUUGCUGAGACUUUUAUUGUGACGAGCUUUAAUUUAUAAACAAUUCAUGCUGAUUAAUAUGUCACCCUCAUGUCUGGCCUGUCUGUCAUGAACUGCACUAUACAGUACGUACAUAGAGUGAUCCUGGAAAGUAUUGACAGCAUUUUGUGGUGUGACAGCCUAAUUCCAACAUGGAUUACAUUUAUUUCCUCAAAAUUCAAAACCCUGUCAUGACAACAUUUCUGUGGUAGUUUUUGCCAGAACUUAGACAUCACAUGUUAAUAAGUAUUCCCAGCCUGUUUCUACUCAACAUUCUUGAGAUGUUUCUACAGCUUAAUAGGAGUCCACCUGGAGUAAACUCAGUUGCCUGGACAUGAUUUGAAAAGGGACACAUCUGUCAA